AUGUGGCCUGAUUCAUGGACAAUUGCUGUCUGCGCAUUCGCUCCUGGAGACUCCGAAAAGGUUAGGCUGCAACGGAGCAAUUUGCUCCGCUACUUUAACCUCAGCUACUGCUUCUGCUUGCUGGACAUUUCUUCUCGAAUUCGACGCCAAUUUCCUACACUCGAUCACCUCGUGGAAGCUGGUAAUUUCCGAGUACUUCUGUUUAUUUCGAGAUAGGCCUGUAAGAGGUUUCGUAAGUACGAUUAUGAUUUCUAAUGGUAUCCCUUAUGCAAUUAUUUUCUCGGAGAAUACUUACAUCACACCGACAUGUAGGUGUGCAUUUUUCCAUUUUCUCAGAUUUAGAUUUCCGGACGUAGAUUUCAUGACUCAAAUCAUGAAAUAUGGUUAAUUUAUAGAUAUUUUGGCUGAUUUUGAAUAAUUCAUAUUGACCCAACCGUGACAAACUCGGCGCCUCGGGGGGAUUCAAACCCACGCAGUAAGGGGAGGUCUUUAGUACAGCCAACGCUCUAACCACUUGAGGUACGAGGCCCCGCCGGACGACGCGAGUUUAAUCACAUUUGGAUCAAAUUACCCGCCCAACCUACUGCAACGUCUGGAAUUAUCCAAAUCUGAUACAGUAAGUUGACUGCCCAAGCAGGAUUUCCUAAGUAAUUUACCUGGAAUCCACCAGAUGACUACUAGGCUCACGUAAUUCAUAGAUAUUUUGGCAGAUUGUGAAUAAUGCAUGUUGAACCAACUGACCCGAGUUUUUCACAGUUGGGUCAAUAUGCAUUAUUCAAAAUCUGCCAAAACAUCUGUGAAUUACGUGAGCCUGAAUUCUGACUGAAUUACUUAGGAAAUCCUACUUGGGCAGUCAACUUACUGAAUCAGAUGUGUUGGAUUCCGGGCGUUGCAGUAGCCUGGCACGGUAACUUAUGGGCCAAGUUAUCCACCCGACCAACAUAAAUUAUUCAAAAUCUGUCAAAAUAUCUAUGAAUUACGUGAGCCUGGUGGUCAUCUGGUGGAUUCUAGGUGAAUGACUUAGGAAAUCCUGCUUGGGCAGUCAACUUACUGUAUCAGAUCUGGUGAAUUCCAGACGUUGCAGUAGGUUGGGCGUGCAACUUGACCCAAAUGUGACGAAACUCGCUACGUCCAUCGGGGCCUCGUAGCUCAAUUUGGUAGAGCGUUGGCUGUACUAAAGCCUUCCCCCUUACUGCGUGGGUUCGAAUCCAACCGAGGCGCCGAGUUUUUCACAGUUGGGUCAAUAUGAAAUAACGUUAAGUUCGCAGAAGUCUUUUGUCGGGACAACAGGUCAAAAUUAUAAAAUGUCUGCAGGAUUUUGCCUUACUUACAGGAGUGAAUUUUGACUCACCGUGCAUUCAAUUGUGUCCAUGAAACAACUGAAGCACUACAAUGCCUACGUAUCCCGCACUAAUGUAUAUCUUAAACUAAAAGUACACCGCACCCCGUAUGCCAAAGACUAACCUGUUUCGUCAGCUAAAUCAGGCUAUGGUGAGCCUUGAUCGACGCUGUCCAAUUCGUCAAAGGAAAGGCCGUUAUAUAUUCGCACGGAGUUUGGCAAAAUUCUCGAUAAAAACUAUUCUUGCGCUAAAUAAAAACCUAUGUUCGCACACAAUUGCACCCUAGUUUUCAAUGUUAGAAGACAUAGUGAUCACUUGAACAAAUUGUGACCGCUAAGGCCUUCCCAAAUUCAAAUUUAUGGGGUGAGUUUAAGCUCGCAAGCUCUCACGCAUUUAUAGCUUGCUUUACUGGGAAGCGGAGAAUGAUAAAACGUGUUUUGCAAGCCACUAUCUGAGCGUGACCUAAGUUGAGUGGGAGAGGUACCGCCUGCUGUGUAAGCAACCCCAACUAAAGAAACUGCGUUAAAAGCAGUCACCCUAAAGUAUUCCUCCUAGAUUAUCGUGAUUUUUUAUCCGUGCGAAAAAAACUGCCCAAUAAUCAUGAGAGCUGAAGCGAAGCAGAAUACUCGCACGAUAUUUUCUUCAAGUAACGAAAGUGGAAUCUUCUUCAAGACUGACCUGCAUUUCUCGACACAAAUUAGAAUUUAAGUGCUUUUCCUCUUCUUUCUAAGCCUACUUUGACGAACCCCUAUGGAUUUCUAUCGCUUUUUGACUAUCGCAUUCGAGUUCAAAUGGAAACUGCAGUAGGGUCAAACCUAGCAUUGCUGUACUUCGCGUCUUUCGGUGACUCCGAAUGUGAAUAAUUGGUCCUCGGCUGCCUGCGUCUCAUUGAUGUCCAGAGUGCCUCAGUUUUAUAAUUAACCUAAAUAAGGCCUCUUUUGUCCCAAGCCAUUUGCGGUGAAGUCAAACAGACUUCUUUCUGAUAAAGAUUUUGUGUUUUAUUCUUGAGUUUCUGUUUGCUUUUCAGGAUCGAGGACGGAAAAGUCUAUAAAAUAAACAGAUUAGACUUCGCGUGAUAAAUACACAUACCAACUUACAUUCAUAUAUUACACUGACCCUUUCGUAUACCCAUAUCGGUUAUUUAUGAGCCUGCAUAGAUUCCAAAGUACGACAAAAUUACAUAUUCAAUUUCAAAACAAAAUAAUUCUUCAAAGUAAUGAUAUGUUGAAUUUAUCAGAAUCGCAGAAAAAUUAAAAUUCCCCCUUUGGUUUAAACUCCUCCCCGAUAGAAACCAUAUCCUACUUUUCGGGUCAAAAACUUUCUCACUCUGAUGCUGCAAAUGUGCCUUACGUAGUUUGUUUAGGAACAUUAGAAUGCCAAAUUCUGCCGCUGAAGCUUCCUGAUCACUCCAUAGGCUUUAAACAGGGGGGGUUCAAAGCAAGACGACAAUAUCCCAGCGUCAUUUGAAAGCGACUCUCGGGAUUUCAUAUCUCUAGUAUCAACUGAUGCAGUGCGAACCCUGCUUAUUAAGCGGAUGAAAGGUUGGACGCAAAAGUUUGAGUGGGAUACGAUUCUCGGAGACACCCAUAUGCUGCGUUGGGGUACAACUGCUUCUAUCUAAUUUCUUUUUAGCUAGGAACCUGGUAAUGCAUGUAAGACCGCAAUCACCUGUUUACCGAAGCCGGAUUUGAUGACGGUUGCCCGUUGGAAUUGCUAGCAAUCGGCAAAUAAAUUGCGAGAAUUUUCCAGUUCCUGUUUAGUUUGGCCGUAACUUAUAAUGAUGCCAAGUUUUUGUUUUCUGUUAUAUUGAAAGCCCUGGCCCGGCAGUUACUUUUAUUGGGCUUUUGAUUCAGUGAGUUUUCACGUCAUUUGCAAGCUUGCCGUUGGCGUUCGACAAACAUUCUUUAUAUGUUUAUUGGAUAAGAUAUGGUUAUGUAGCCGCAAUUGAUGGACACAAUACCGUUGACCUACUUAAUUAUUUUGAGUUGGUGUGGUUGCGUUGGCGUGGUGUUGCUGAGCGUUGUGGUGUGUGUUCUGUUGGCGGCCUUGUUUUUUGUUGCCGCGUCUACUUUUUUUGGUCAAAUUCCGGUGGUCCUUCUUGACUUCCGGCCUGUCGUCUUCUUCUAACUUUCGUGUUAACUUUUUCAGGAUUAGGGGUUAGGGCAACUCUUUCUCAACCACUCAAAGUACAACCGCGCAUUCCCAAUAGCUUUACUUUUGCAUACAAUUGCUUGACCUCGUCGCCUGCAAUGGAUCCUUAAUGUGGCCUUCAUGACACUUUUUGAGAUCCGAGCCAGAGGUGACGCCACGCCUAGGUACGGCUCCGGCCGUGCCACGCACACUUUUGUUGUUAGUUAAACUCCCCGUCAUUUGCUGUGUGGACCAGGAGGUGUGGAGUUGAACGCCAAGGUGCCGACUAGACCGCGCCAUCCACCUGCGCCCUGCCCCUCCUCCGGUCUUCUUGACUCUGUCUUGGCACCGGCCCCAAGUGGGGGAGGAGAAGAGAGUGCGGUGGAUGCUACGCAAGUCCACAUUCACUAUAAACUAAAUCGCUCGUAAGCCACCUUGUCUGCUUCACUUUGCUGUGGAGUUCACAGUGGACAGCGUCGGCAACGACUGUCUAACUGCUGUGAUGCAUUCGCGUUUCGUAAUAAAACGGCAAGAUAUGGUUAUGUAGCCGCACUUGAUGGACACAAUACCGUUGACCUACUUAAUUAUUUUGAGUUGUUGUGAUUACGUUGGCGUAGUGUUGCUGUGUGUUACGAUAGGUGUUCUGUGCGCGGCCUUGUUUCUUGUUGCCAUUUACCUUUCUGACUAUCGGCCUGUCGUCUCCAUCUAACUUUCGCGUCGGACGGUUUGAGGUUAGAGUUUAGGGUUGCAGUUAAGGGUAAGGGUUGGGAUUAGGGUUAGGACUUAGGGUUAGGGAUUACGGGUUGUGGUUAGGGGAUAAGAGCUUAGGGUUAAGGGUCAAGGUUGGAGGUUAGGGCAACUAAUCUUCAACCACCCAAAGUACAAGCGCGCAUCCCCAAUAUCUUUUCUUUUGCAUACAAUGACUUGACCUUGUCGCCUGUGCGCUCCCCGACCACGCCUACAAAAACCUCUAUCACCACCGGUCUCCUAUUACGGACGGCUGGGGUUCGUUUACCUUAGGUGCGACAACGUAACCAUCUCUGACCGUUUAUGGCAUCUGAAUUGCAUCAAUAUCCCUAUUGGCUGCAUUGUGUAUGACACUGUUUAGACGGCGGAUCACACCACUUAGCGCCCGAUCACGCUACCGUUCGAGCAAACAUUCAGAUGGGCCGUCGAUGCAUACGGGAGGAAGUUAAGGGUGUGACAAACACGUAGUCAUCUGUCCUUUUGCCUUUUCAGCUCAUUACACAUUAUAAUAAAGCUGAUGCACUUGGGGCCCAGUUACGAUCAUGUGCUUGGUUCCUGCGUGGGUUCCGAGACGCGCUUCUUUCUUUGAAGUCUGGUUCCUGUGAAUUUAGAGGUCAGAUCUUUCGCGUAAUGUGUGGGCAGGCUUAGGCGUAGUGCCCAUACACGUCUCUAGUCCUCCUGGCUUUGUCAUGACCUUGAAAUGCGGUGAGUGUGCGAACGGACUGUGGCAGGCGCGGCUCAUUGUGCCUCACGUGAAAUAAACUCACGCACAAGGUGCCACUUCCCCUCCUUCUCCAAGGACAGUCGUGGUCGCUUAUGACUGUCGAACAACCAGUGCAACGAACUAGUGAACAUCUUGUUCUAUGCAUUUCAAAGUUUUCAGGAACUCUAUGACUAAAUAUUCUCGUGGAAAUUCUGACAACCCAGAAUUUCCACGAGAAUAUUUAGUCAUAGAGUUCCUGAAAACUUUGAAAUGCAUGGAACAAGAUGUUCGUUAGUUCAUUUUAAAACUACGAUUGGUUGUGUUCAGACUGAAAAUAUGAAGAACGGCAAAUUGUGCAAACACGGAGCUCCCUGCUGAGACCAACCGUGCAUAAAUGCGUCCUAUUUAAACUUGCCUGUUAAAUACGCUACCGUACUGCCAUAAAAAUGUGGUCCGAAGCCGAAUGAAUACAACUUGCUGGCAUGACUUAAGCGUAUGUAGGAUAUAUCAGCCCACGUGCGUUGUAUAAUGGAAAGUCGUAUUUUUGUUUUUUUAUGAGACCGGACAUUGGAGAAAUACUACUAAAGAGGAGUCGCCUUUAAGUCGUAAAUUUUUACACCAGUUGCCAGUGAGGUUCCAAUCAACUUGUUGUAUACUGACAGUACGUCAGCGUUUUCCUAAUUCCCUUCUGAGUUUCCACUUUCUAAACGCAGAGAGAUUUUGCGUUACCUUGCAGAACACAUCACAGUUGACUAGUGCGUGUUCUAAUGUUGAAUAAAUUACAAUGUUGCAAUCACAGGAAUUACCUGGAAGUGUUUGUUCUGCCGAUUUUGCAUCGCUGCACUACUAAACUGUAGGGGGUUUGACUAUACAGCUGAAACAUUCACAUCGACUUUCGGAUCUAGCCUAAGGAGUUUUGUCUCUAAUGUUGCAACGUUCCAUAUACUUGCAAAGGAAUCUAAAAGCACAAGAAAGUAUGCCAUAUUUCACUUAGGAAGGAUAGUUUUCAAGUUUAAAAAUAAAUUUGAUGGAAAUUUCGCCACAAUGCGCCAUACACUCCGAAAUUCCAGGCCCAUUAUGAACUGUUAGCUUCAUUGUCGUUCGUUGUUACGUUAAAGCAGUUGCAGCUUUACACGUAUUGGGAUUUACCUGGUUGUGCUUUUAAAAAGUACUCCCUACCUGGCGCCACAAACUCUGGUGGUGUACGACGUAACUUCUUUUACUGUUACAAAUACGGUGUUCGGUGAAGUCUGUUUGAUUUUAAAUUUUGCGUUGACAUUGUAUGCGGACUGACUCUACCUGUACGUUGAGAAAGAUCAUGUUUGGGUUCUGUUUUUUGUUAUAUUUGGCUUCUGCUAUUAAUAUGUUUCCUGGUUACAGUUGGCUCAUUCUAUAUGCCAAAGAAAAUGCCUUGAUUUAUGUAUACCCUUCUUUGAAACAUCGUUUUUAUCGCCAUGUGAAUAAAAUCAUAUCACAAUACACUGAGACAUCUAAGUCACAGUAAAUACAGUAAACGUAGGCUAAAUAGCAUUACCGAAUAAGACAGGGAAGACUGGAAUGGUCAUUUCUGGCCUGUAAGCCGUCGUCAGCCUGCCAUACCCGACCCCGGGAUAUGCAACUCCCGAGGCUCGAACUCGCGAAAUGUCUGUUGGAAGUUCAACGCUUCUACCCAGUGAGCCACGGACUCGUUGUCCUGUAGGUUGCGAUCGGGAAUAUACAUUGUUAGAGGGGCGCUGAUCAAUCGUUUUACGGAACGCGCUCGUCUCUUUGGGUCGGAUUUGGAAACAAAGUUCGAUUUAAAGACUUCCAAAGAAUGCAGUUAGUUUUCCAAGGAAUGAAAAUAGCUUUGCAGAAGGCCCAAAAGGACAAUACUGCAUAGUAAGUAAAGAUACUUAAUGGUAGAUGAUGAUACUUGACUCAUCCACAAUCUGAUACUUGCUUUAAAUUAUGCGAAAUAACCAAACUAAAAAUCCCGCCAGCUGUUUUUAAGUGAAGUGAUUAGCAGAGAAACUAAAGCCCAUACAGCAUCAGCUAGCUCCACAAAGCUAUCGAGAUACCUUUCAAUUCAUUGAUGGCAUUUAAGGCCUCAAAAUUAACGGCAUGAUGCCGCUUUCACUAGACGCUGCAUCGCUUUUAACAGACGUCCCGGUCACCAACACAGAAAUGCGAUUCUCGUCGCAAUGUUCAUUUAUAUCUGGGCGUUUGAAAAACGUAUUCUCUUAACUACCUGCCAAGUAUUUAAAUCUAUUUCAAGUUCCUGUCAAAAUUACUGGGUAAUUUUAAAAACACCUUUUCCUCCUAAGCUGUCUGGAAUAUUAAUAGCAAUCAGAAUUACUGAUUUUUACACAGCCAACCAAGUUUUUAUUUCUUCCCAACAUGGCCUCUCACUCGGUCGCUUUUGCUAAACGUGUCUUAUGUCUGUCCUGAAUCCACUCUAUUCUAUUCGUAACGAUUGUCUAUGUGUGGUCCCCGCUUAUUCCAGUCUUAGUAAGGCCGUUAAUAAUUUGCUACACAGACAGCCCUUAGUGGCAGUGAAGGCUAUAGGGAUUUACUAUGAGUUCAUUAAGUGCCACAUAUCAAAAGGGAAACAAUUGUGAGCUCGUCUACGCUUCCUUUAGGAAGGAUGACUUAUAUGGCUGCCUAAUGGAUUUUGUCAUUGGUUCAUCUUUACUUACUUUUGCUGAGUAUUCUUGUUUGAAUUUUAAAUUGGACGGCCAUAUAAGUCAUUUUUACCCUUUCCUUAAAGCUAUGGCACAGCGUUGUUCGUUUUUGCCAUUUCUCUUUACAUUUUGCUAGUCUGUGCCUACGAAUUUUUCGUCACAUUCUUCACUUUUUUAUUUUGUGCGAUUGCAUUCAAUUCAUUAAACAUAGUAAAGGCCUCAACCGUAAGGGCAUGAUGAUGUACUCACUAGACGUUGCAUCACUUUUUACAAACGUCCCGGUCACCGAGAAGGUUGAUUACAUCUGUGAUUUUCUAUCUGCCAAUCAGCAAGAAAUAGGAAUGCCGACAAACACACUCAGGGAAUUAUUCCUAAGGUGCACAUUAAAUGUGCAGUUUCUUUUGGACAACCAACUCUAUAGACAAAUAGGCGGCGUUGCUAUGGGCUCGCUACUUGGACCUCUCUUAGUUGACGUCUUCAUGGGCAUGCUGGGAAGAUUUCAACUGAGCAAUCAGAUCGACAAGGCUAAACAUUGCGGUCGCUAUGUUGCUGAUAUCUUUACGAUUGCCACCGCAGAAAAUGACGUUAAUGCCCUCUUAAGUGCCGUAAAUCGGGCACAUCCGUCGAUCAAAUUCACAUUAGAGAUGGAAUCGGCCGGUUCGUUCCCUUUCGCAGAUGUCCUUCUAAACAGGAGACCUGACGGUAGCAUUCGAAGGGGUGUCUAUCGGAAAUAAACCUGGUCUGGACAAUACACGACUUCGGUGGUCUCGUACCUCUCCAACAAAAACGAAAUCUAGCCGGGUGUUUGGCAAAAAGAGAUAAAAAGAAAUUGUUCAAUAGAUAAUACCUAAGAAGAACUUAAAAAAUCCAAGACUUGCUUCGCAAAAACGGGUAUCCCGAUAGGUUCAUUGCAAAGAACCUUGCUGAACGACCCGCAAAACCCACCACAUUGACUGCCGAACAGAAACCUCUUUUCCUCAAAGUUCCUUUCCAAGGAGACGCUACGAGCGAACUCCUAGACAGGCGCCUUCAUCAAGCUGUCUCGAGAACCUUCCCAGUGGCAAGAGUUCGUGUACCAUUCUCUAUUAACUCUAUUUACUGCGGAGAAGGCAAGGAUAGGCUGCCACCUCAGACCAACUUAAUGUGCAUUUACCCAUUCACUUGCUCCUGUGGAGCAGGUUAUAUUGGUCGUACAAGUCAACGUCUUUCCAAAAGAAUACGAGAGCACCUUCCCGCAUGGCUGGCAAAGGGUGAAACUAGGAGAAUAGACAGCGCCAUCCUUGCGCAUGCAGUGGACUCAGGGCAUCAUGUGGGUCCCGCUGAAGCAUUUCGUGUGAUUUAUAAGGUCCUCUCGAGCUACCCUAAGCUACUGGGCCAGCGCCUGUUAGCAACGGCAGAGGCGGCCGUCAUCAACUUACGAAAACCGACCCUAUGCGCCCAAAAGAACCUCGUUCAAGCUCCACGCCCAUCGUGGUCAGUUUCAGUUUAUUUUACGGAAAUAUAGGUGUUGAACCUUCGAACUCCCUAUUUCUUACAAGGAGGCGAACUAUAUCAAAAAUUUGAAAAUGUGAACAUCAAACAGCUAGAGAGUUACUUCAGAUUGGCAAAUUUUUCGAAACCAGACAGACAAGAAUUGAAAACAUUGGCGUUACUAAAUGCGCUGUACAGUAGUCUGUCUAUGGAUGGUUGGUGCUAUCUCAGUUUCUGAGGGAGACGAAGUAAAUGCCAAUACACAUUCGACUGACAUGGGACAAUAAUAAGAAAACAAACGUUACUGAAAUACAAGCAGUAAUAUAACAUUAAUAAACUGUUCGGUCGAAAUGCUAAGACGUCGGUCAGGUGACAUUAUGACGUUUAGUGGUACACUGGUCCAACUUGCGCUUAAAAGCCUCGACGGAGGUGGAUAUGACGACAUCUGCAGGCAGAGCAUUUCAAGCUGCGAUCACUCUGUUUGAAAAGAAGAACUUCCGAAUGUCCAGCUUGGCGCCAGUCACACGUAGUUUAAGUGGAUGACCUCGGAGGUUCGUUGUGGUUGCUAACUCAACGAAAUCAGCAGGCAAGAGACAGCAGUCCUGAACGCGCAUUAUACGGAAUGUUUGUAUAAGGUCGCCUCUUAGCUGUCUGUAACUCAAAGGAAAAAGGCCGAGAUUGGACAGUCGUGUUUCAUAGGGUAGUGAACCCUGUCCACUUGCGAGUUUGGUUGUCCGCCUUUGAACUUUCUCAAGGAUGGUGAGAUCUUUAGAGGUCCAGGGUUUCCACGCCUGCAUAACGAACUCUAGCUGUGGCCGUACAAAGGUCCGAAAGAAUUUAACGAAACAGUCCUCAUCGGGGGUAGAGAAAGCUCUUUUGACAAGAUAAAGGACUGACAUCGCGGACUUGGCUACCUUAGAGCAGUGGAGCGACGGUUUUAGAGAAGCCGUUACCCACGCACCCAAGUCUUUCUGCGAGUCUACCUUCUGCAAUGGUAGGCCAUUUAGAUGGUAAACCCUCCGGCUCAGAGAUCGGGUCCUGCCGACUCGCAGGACAUUACACUUAGUCACAUAAAACGGCAACAGCCAGUCCUGUGACCAUUUCUCGAGUCGGGUCAGGUCUGCCUGCAAGCGCUCUUCGUCAAAUUCAGUUCGAAUGACGCUGAAAAGUUUAACAUCAUCAGCGAACAUGGCGACAUCACGAUUCAGUUCCCUGACGCAGUCGUUGACGUAUAUAAUGAAUAGGGUAGGGCCAAGAACUGAGCCUUGUGGAACACCGCUUUCAACCACUACCUCCGCCGAUUGCCUGUCACAGACGUGGACGAUUUGAGAGCGACCGAUCAAGAAGCUUUGGAUCCACCUCAGGAGGUAACCCCUUAUGUCUUUUCGGCAUAAUUUGUACAGGAGACGCUGAUGUGAUACACUGUCGAAUGCUUUCUUAAAGUCGACGUAGACUGAGUACACUGAAUUGCCGCCAUCGACUGCUCCGGUCCAGCGAUCUAAACAAUAAAGUAGAUUUGUCACGCAUGAUCUGCCUCUACGAAAUCCGUGCAAGGCAUCGUAUAGCAGAUUAUGCUCUUCUUGGAAGUGGAUUAUUUCUCGCUUAAUUAUUUUUUUUAUAAUUUUGCAGCAAAGUGAAGUAAGGUUGAUUGGUCUGUAGUUGUUUGUUAAGACCUUGCUGCCGCCUUUAUAAAUUGGCGUGAUCCGUGCGGAUUUCUAAUCAGUGGGGAAAUAGCCUGCUUCGAACGAAACUUGGAAGAGCAUGGACCGCGGUUUGGAUAGUUCCCCAGCAAGCUACUUCAACAAUUUCGGCGGUAUGUCAUCCGGCCCGGGUGAUUUAGACUCAUUUAGCGUUAAAAGUUCUUUGCGAACAAUAGAUUCGACAAAAGAGACGUGCUCAAUCGUUAGCCUGUCCACUACGUUGCAGUCGGGAGGGAAAAAUGCGCUUUUCUUCGUAAAGAUGAACUUGACAAAUUGUAAAAGGUGAUCUGCCUUUUCUCCGUCUUCACUGAGUUCUAGGUCGUCACUAGUUUUCAAUAAGGGGAUUGGGUCUCUGUUUCGUGUGCUUCUUCUUAUAUAACCAUAGAAUAACUUCGGAUUUUCUGCCGCUCGAUUCAGUUGGUCUUUCUCGAAACUACGCCGCGUCCCGAGGAUUAGCCUCCUAACUAGGUUCCUCUGUGCUUUGUAUGCAUUUAUCGACACAUAGCUCUUAUCCGAGAGGAGGUUUAUCCAUAACCGCUUUUUAUUCACUUCCUUUUUUGAAGCUUGUGUUAGCCACCGGGGUCUGCUGUUCAGUUUCCUCCGUGAAACAGGAUAGUGGUCUCUGAGAAAAAGUGCAAUAACUCACUAAACCAGUCCCAAUCCUUGAUUAUGUCACCGGAAAAAGCUGAUUCCCAGUUUAUGGAUUUUAGUUCCGCUUUCAUUUGGGCAAAGUCACCGCGCCAAAUGUUCCUUCUAACCCUGGUGGCCUGUUCGGGCAGAGAAAAAAUGGAGUACUCCCACAACAGUACGACGUGGUAGCUUCGACCUAGGGGAGGUAGACAUUGCACCUCAUCAAUGCUGUCCAGUGACUUCGUAAGGAGCAGAUCCAGACAGUUUGACUGUUGCCCUUCGCGGACCCUCGUAGGAAAGGAGACGUGCUGAGUGAGAAAUAACCUGAGGGCCAUGUCCAACAAACGUCGGUCGAAAGCAUGGUCUGGACCAGAUGCAUAAGCUGAACUCCAGUCGAUAAGAGGUGCGUUGAAGUCUCCCAUGAUUAAGACGUCGGACCGGAUAGGGAAUCUCUCCAGGUCCUCAAUAAGACGGGCGUCCGCUGUGGGAUCAUUUCUAGGCGGUCGGUAGACCGUCGGGACGUGAAAGCUCGGUGAAUCCGGUGCUUUUGCAGUUAGCCAAAUUGCCUCAGAAGUACACGCAAGUUGACUAACCACACGCAACUUCCCGCGCCUUUCUGCUCUCGUCCCCCUGUAUUUUUAAAACUAACAUUUAUCGAUUUUUCAUUCAGUGUACCCCGUUCCCAUAUAACUGUACAGGCCCGAAGAGGGGUUAUGGAAAGCAACGUUUGCUCGCCACCUCGUAUUCUGAAUAUUGCCGUGGGAAUUUUCACAACUCCAAUUUUUUAAUCAGUAUAUGUAUGAACGAGUAUCCGAACUGCAGAGUUGAAAAAAACAUUCAUGGGAAGCGACGCCAGAUGUUUUACAUACGUCAGCGUGCUGGCUUGAAUAUUCAUAUUCUCAGGAGCAGGUGUCAACGUGAUGCUAUUUAGACCGUAGUUGCAGAUGGGGUCCACCGAGUGCCACACAGCGAGGAGGAUGCAGGAUGCAGGUGACUUGCAUUUAAAAUGAUAUUAGACUCACUCUGCAUCCACCGCAGUCCCCCCUUCCGCACCAUCUCAAGUCUGGUGUCAAGACAGAGUCAAGGAGACCGGAGGCGGGAGGUGGGUGGCACGGCGUGACCCUGAGCCCUGACCCUGAGCCCUACAUUUUUGUGCAUCCUCAAUAACGUCUGCGUGCUGUGAUCUGCGCUCCGUCUUUUGUUCUAGCCCAAUUACAGCACGACCCGUUUUAGACAAGUGAUAUGUGUACGUAGUGUGCGCAUUUUGCACGCAAACAUCCUGGGGUAAUCUUUUCAAACUAAAAUCAUAUGGCUGCCACCAAUUGCAGUAAGAGCUGAAAAGCCCUGUUUGCAUCUGUUGGGACGUCAACAUUCAUGAUGCGUUAGACCUUAGGUUAUACCUCUUUGUAUUUUUCGAUUUGACGCCCAAAAAUAGUCACUUUUUUGGCCGUCCUGUAUACUGCGCAGGCAGGGCGAAAUUUUGAAAUAUUGGAGAAUUCGGCGAAACUAGAAACGACAGAAGCUUCACCAUUUUAGCCUGAUGGAUUUUUCUGCUUAAUGGGCAUAAACACACUGUAGGAGAAAAUUCCAUGAUUACGUCGCUAAAGAGGUCUGUUGCGGAAAACGUGUCAGACUUUGUUAGCAAACGAUGAUUGUACAUAAACCCACUUUUAUUAUUUUUCGUUUCCUAAUUGGCUACUGUUGCGGAAAAAUCAAAUAAGUAACGACAUUUUUCCAGGAAAAUUCGUUCCAAACACAUAAAAAAGUUGCUGGUCAGGAAAAGCAUGUCCUAGUAAUUUACAAGUAUAUUUACAGUCAGUGACCGAUCUCAUGAAUCGUUAACUGGAAUUCUGAAAUACGUUUUUGAUUAUACUUGUGAUAUUGAUUGGUGUGCGGCAUAAUCCAUUGAUAUUGCAAACUCGCCAGGAUGUUGGCCUUUGGAUGCACUUUUCAUCAGCCUCAUGUAAGAGCCAAAUUCGGUAAAAAUAACUUCUUGCUUAAUAUGCAUUUGUUCUACUGAUUUUCAAUGGGUUCAUAGAUCCAAAUAUCCUUUUCGGGAAACGCACAAUAAUCUUCCUGUUAUAGUUAUUUGCUAGUAACUCACUUCUCAAAUUUCAGACUCGAAGGAAGUGAGUCUUCUGAGCAUGCGUUCUUUAGGGUCGUGAAAAGUCUAUUUUAACGGUAUUGUUUUAAUACGUUUAGUAAUGUUGCUUGUGAAUUAGACGAUACAGUCUACAUCCGCUGCUAAAUUUCAUGACCACUAUAUGACGCUUGUUAACAGCGUCGAGAAAUGCGUGGUCUUCUUUACGCGGAAAGUAUACAACAUGAGGUGUUGAAAUCCUGAGCGUGAUUUUGGUUAUGAGUUGAGUUCAAAAUUUUUUAUGCAUUUAAAAUUCCUAAAACCAAAUGAUCCCCAUCCUUCAAGCAAAGAAUAGUAAGAUGCGAUGAUUUUCUAUAAAAUAAGUACAGUAAAGAAUGUUGGUAUUCGCGCUCGCAUAAAGCACAUCUGAAUAUGUGCGACAUCGAAAAUCGUCGAGAAACUUCACAACACUUAGGUAGUUGUUUGUUAUUGAGCGUAAUUUUCCGAGUAUCCGAAAAGAAGCGCAUUUAUAUGUCGGUAUCUCGGCACGAAUGAAACAUCCUUGGUUAAUGUUGCACAAUAAUCGGUAUUAUAAACCCAUUUAUGCUAUUCUUCCUAAUCGAAAACUCAUUUCAGAAUUCCGGUCUACAUUUCAUGAGAUCGGCCGCUGAUAGCUACGUUAACUUUGAACACAAACAACCUCUAAUUGUUGAGAAAUCUACUUCUCUCUGAAGUUAGUAGCAUUGGACGCAUCAAGGCGGUCUGUACAAGUAGAGGUAGAGGGCCUUACCAAUCUUCAUUCGGCGUCAAAGUUUCAUGCGAAAACUGUAGCUGGAACUUUUUGACAGCGGCUAAUNCGCACAAUAAUCUUCCUGUUAUAUUUAUUUGCUAGUAACUCACUUCUUAAAUUGCAGACUCGAAGGAAGUGAUUCUUCUGAGCAUGCGUUUUUUAGGGUCGUAAAAAGUCUAUUUUAGCGGUAUUGUUUUAAUACGUUUAGUAAUGUUGCUUGUGAAUUAGACGAUACAGUCUACAUCCGCUGCUAAAUUUCAUGACCACUAUAUGACGCUUGUUAACAGCGUCGAGAAAUGCGUGGUCUUCCUUACGCGGAAAGUAUAAAACAUGAGGUUUUAAAAUCCUGAGCGUGAUUUUGGUUAUGAGUUGAGUUCAAAAUUUUUUAUGCAUUUAAAAUUCCUAAAACCAAAUGAUCCCCAUCCUUCAAGCAAAGAAUAGUAAGAUGCGAUGAUUUUCUAUAAAAUAAGUAUAGUAAAGAAUGUUGGUAUUCGCGCUCGCAUGAGGCACAUCUGAAUAUGUGCGACAUCGAAAAUCGUCAAGAAACUUCACAACACUUAGGUAAUUUUCUGUUAUUGAGCGUAGAUUUCCAAGUAUCCGAAAAGAAGCGCAUUUAUAUUUCGGUAUCUCGGCACGAAUGAAACAUCCUUGGUUAAUGCUGCAAAUAAUCGGUAUUAUAAGCCCACUUAUGCUAUUCUUCCUAAUCGAAAACUCAUUUCAGAAUUCCGGUCGACAUUUCAUGAGAUCGGCCACUGAUAGCAACGUGAACUUUGAACACAAACAACCUCUAAUUGUUGAGAAAUCUACUUCUUUCUGAAGUUAGUAGCAUUGGACGCAUCAAGGCGGUCUGUACAAGUAGAGGUAGAGUGCCUUAUCAAUCUUCCUUCGGCGUCAAAGUUUCAGGCGAAAACUGUAGCUGAGAGUUUUUCACAGCGGCUAAUCUUUAAUUGAGCUGGUCCUGUUUUUAUGCUAAUUAUGGAGCACAACGGGCCAUCAUUUUCGUUUGAUCCGCUAGUUAGCUCGACUGAGAUAUCAUCUUUUCGGCAUAAUGACAGAGGAGAAGAUGCAGCUUUACCUUGCCAGUAUCGAUGACUGUUUUACUUGGGUAUACCUCCCGCCACUUCCAUGGGCGGGGGACUUCAUCUGCGAAACGGAGAAAGAGGAGACAAUAACUAUCGCUCUGUGCAAGGAACGCCAGAGAGCCUUAGCAUACUUCAUUCGACGUGAAAUAUUUCAAGGUAGGAAAUAAAGCUGGUAAUAUUGCUCAGAACGCGUGCAAACAAUGUGGGGCAACUGAUUGAUGUGUGACGCAUCACUCUGCAACGUCGAUGACAUUUAAAAUUAAAUUGGUUUCGACCAUACCAUGGGCUUUAUCGUCACAGCGGUAGUUACGGUAAAAUGGAUCAAGUUAUCUGGUGACGUGUACGAAUUAUGUGAACGUCUCAAUGCCCGUAACUGGCUGAGGCCGACUCAAAAUAAACAUGUUCUCAUCACACAGGGUGAACGAGCUUUCCCAAAACAGUUUUUCGAACCGUCCUUGCCUCGCAGAAAAUGUAAUUGUUUCCUGGAUGCUGCCGAACUAUACUGGACUUGUUAAAUAUCUUGCAGUUACCUUUUUGUCCACCAUGAUUAAAUAUAUGAGUAUGCGCCCUAACAGAUACUCUUGAUGACCGUCUAAAGGCGCACUUUCAUGAGCGGCGCAGAAGUUUUUUCAUGCCCCUUCAAAAAUGGCAUGCCAAGACCCUGUAAAUAGGGGGUUGUCGGACGUUUGUGUAGCAAAUAUGCGUAAAAAUUGUAUUUACCCUUUAAGCGAGCUAGGUUGCCAUUAACAAGGGUGCUGAAGUCAGCAAUGAACACUGUACACCCGAAUUCUUUUUAAGUGUGUUCAAGAAUAAUUAAGUAGCAAGUGCAACUCCUGCAUCAAUUGACAGUCAUAGCGCUUGGAUUUCGAAUUUUAGCAAAAAUGCUGAAUGAAAGUAUCUCAAAAAGUGUGGAGAACAAUGUUUACAAUGAGCCCAAGGCUAUAGUGCUACAGUAGUACUAGUCUCAUGAGAAACCUUUUGAAUAUUAUGGAGAAAAACAUAAUUACCCUGCGGAGUAUGAACACAUGAACUUUGCCUGGCCCGUAAAAACAAUAAAGGUAACAGCAAACAGCCUAGUAUAGACUGCCCAUAAAUGUUCUUCCUGGGUGUGAAAUGCCGCGAUAAAUCAGCUUGAGGUUUAAUGAAUUCCCAGCAGAAAUCGAGGCCUUCUUCGGCUGCUAUUUUGAGUCUUUUGCUAUCUACGAGACACAGACGGCCCAGUUUGCGUCUACACAGUCCUGACUGUGAAGUAUCGUCCAGUGUGUGGAAACAAGAACUAACCACGUAUGAAGUUCGACGGGAAAACCGAUUGGCUUACUAAAUUGCAGUACUUCUUGAAUGCCACUUGUCAACGACCAAUGGACAAGACCUGUAUAUAACUCCUUGUCAAGAGACUUUUGAGUUUUCUAGGGCAUGGCAGGGAUUGCGUCAGUUGAGGAAUAAAGUUUGAUUGAAUAAAUUUGAAGUGCAAGGCGAGUCCGCAAAAUCUGUAAGUUGGGUUUGUGAACUUCCCGAAUUCACCUGUGCGUUACUAACUCGAAAAAGCUCGCCUUCAGUGAGUUGUUUUGGAUUCCGCUUACGUAAUUAUUACGAAACCCUCGCUACUUAUAAGAAUUAAUUACCUAUGCGAAUGCCUUAUACUUUACGGUUUAUUUGUUAAAGCAUGCUAAAAUGCAGUUUGCGCUUAGCGAAAAUUAAAAAAUUACGGGUGAUACUCUGAUUCACACAGGAACUAUCACAUGGAUUUUUUCCCUUUUCUGUUCCUCAGAGCAAAUCACUGCAGUUGCAAAACGGCGCCGGAAGGAUGCCGGAUGCUUUGCCGGUUUUUAUUCUCCUCAGAGAUGAACCCCUAGCCUGGGUUAAAUCAUUUCGAACAAAGGUCCAUAGGCCCAGACCGAAAUUUUUCUAUGGAUAUUUGGACAGACGUUCAUAAGCCACAGCGGGAUGUACGCGUAAUAUUCAUUAAACCGCCAACUUGCAUGGGUCGUUUAGUCAUUCACACUCAAAUGUCUGUGUAAGGCGAUGAUAUCUACCUCGUAAAAGUAGGGACAAUCUCGAAAAUGUUGUAGAAUGUUUUCCGUAAAACUGGAGGAGACAAAGCGAUUUACUUAUGACAUCUCGAAAUAACAUUGAAUGUUUUUAUUCCAAAAAGCCUGAAUUUCCUCUAGUCUCCGUUUUUAAAGUGCCCAAUGGGUAAAUAUGUGGCCAGCGCGGUCGCAAAUGACUUUGCUCCAGAAGUAUCUUUCGAGCAGACAUUUUUGUUAUUAUAUUUGUGGAGUGAAGCAUAUUUAUUGGAAAAAAAUACCUGAAGCAUCAAAUUCGGUUCCUCAAGCCGUGCACGCCAUGUCAGACUUUUCAGGUAAACAAUCGUAUUCCUUAUUUUCUAAUGAAACAAUGACAUCCUGAAUGUCCCUCCAACUGAAUACUUCACCCCAGGCAAUCGUUAAGGACAAAAUUGAGAUGAUAUUGUCUUUAUGUUAAUCACGAAGCAAUACGCGAACUUCGCCAGUUUUAUACCUCUCCAUAAAAAACGGAAUCUAGUCAGGUGUUUGGCACAAAGGGCUAGAAAAAUUUGUUCAACAGAUAGUAUCGAGGAGGAACUUAGAAAAAUCCAGGACUUGCUUCGCGAAAAUGGGUACACUGACAGGUUCAUUGCAAAAAACCUUGCCGAACGACCCGCAAAACCCACCACACUAACCGCCGAAAAGAAAGCUUUGUUCCUCAGAGUCCCCUUCCAAGGAGACAUUGUUGGUGAACUCCUAAGAAGACGCCUUGACCAAGCUGCCUCGGUAACCUUCCCAGCAGCAAGGGUUCGCAUAUCAUUCUCUACUAACCCUAUUCUACGCGGAGAAGGUAAGGAUAGGCUGACCCCUCAGACCGCCUCAAUGUGCAUCUACUCAUUCACUUGCUCCUGUGGAGAAGGUUAUAUUGGUCGUAUGAGUCGGCGCCUUUCCAAAAGAAUACGAGAGCGCCCUCCCGCAUGGCUGGCAAAAGGUGAAACUAGAAGAAUAGAUAGCGUCGUCCUUGCGCAUGCAGUGGACUCAGGGCAUCGUGUGGACCCCACUGAAGCAUUUCGUGUGAUUUAUAAGAUCCCCUCGAGCUACCCUAAGCUACUUGGCCAGCGCCUGUUAGCAACAGCAGAAGCGGCCGCCAUAAGGUCACGAACACCGACCCUAUGCGCCCAAAAGUACCUUGUUCAGGCUCCGCGCUUACCGUGGUCAAAGUUUGACUAACCACAUACAACUUUCUGCGCCCUUCCGCUCUUGCCUAGCCUGUAAUUUAAAACCUAACUUUUAUCGAUUUUUGUUUAACUCACUGUACCUCGCCCUAUGUAACUGUAUUGGCCUGAUGAGUAUUUACCGAAAGGAACGUUCGCUCGCAACUGUCUCUUCUGAACAUAGUUAUUGGGAUUUUCACAACUAUAAUAAUAAUAAUAAUAGUUCAUUUUCGUUAGAUAAGCUGGUACCUUCGACUGAAAUAUCCUCUUUUAGGUAUAAUGACAAAGGAGGAGAUGCAGCUUUACCUUGCCAGUAUUAAUGACUGUGGUACUGGGGUCUACUUCCUGCCAUUGCUCUGGGCGGGGGACCUCGUGGCCGAAAUGGAGAAAGAGGGGACAAUAACUAGCCAACGUGCAGUCGAGCGGUUGAUCGAUGAACUCAUGUCUGGUCGCAUGAAUUUGGCCACGCUUUACGCCUAUGACUGGAUAAACGUCCCACUGGUCUAUACUCAGGUAGGAACAUGCUAAAUGUUGUUUACGCGUCUCUUACCUUACGUGUUCAUGUUUUCAGUUGACGCUGCGUUCACGCUAACUCAAAUGGUGCAGUGUUUAGUCUGGAGAUGAGUGUCACGAGCGUAGCGUUUACAAUUCAGUAGCUAGGAUAAGUGUUUUCAUCAACUCUAUCUUGACAUCACCGCAGAUGACGUCAUGCUUGUUCACAGAACUGCAGACUCAAAUAGCCUCUUUACUCCGGUGCCGUCAAACAUAAUAAAAUUUUCUAAAUAUAGAGCAUUGAAGGGCAUUUAAAGGAGAACAAGCUACUUUUUUUCAUCUAGUCCAUGCUCCAUGCGUUUUAAAGGAGAAUAUGUCGCCACUAAGGUCUGACAUCCCUGAAAAACUACCGACUUACAGUAGAUAUACCAACUCAUGAAAUGUAAAUCGACUCUCUGAAAUGCGUCUUCAACUCGAAAAAAUUACUUAAGUAGGCCUGUAACAUUAAUCACCGUGCAGUCUAAUCCAAUUAUAAUCUAGUUUUAUCAGGAUGCCGACUUUUAUAAAAAAAUCUUUCCGACCGGCUGUAAAAAGUGCACUGCAAAAAAUGAAUACAUAAAUAGCAUGCAUUCUGACGUUUAUUUUCAAUGUCUCUAUAAAUGUAAAAAAUAUUUUAGACGAAACGUUGGUAAAAAUAUUCAUGCAUUAACUUAGUUGGUAGACAAUUACGUCUUCUUUAAAUUUGAUGCCUGAAGGAAUAGCAUAAUGCGGUUUUGAAAAAUUUCCAACUAUGAGUUUUUUUUUAAGACGGUGAAAUACUCGUUCAUAAAGCAUCGAGUGUCCGCAUUCACUAAUCUUGUUGUGCACGUUUUCCAUGUGAUUCUAAUUUAACGCUCUAUUUUAUGAACCCCCUAUGGUUUUCUCUUAGUACGGUAAAAAAUGUGUGGUUUUUCAUACACGGAAAAUGAACAACCUGUGGCUUGUAAACCCUAAACUCAAGUGUAAAGGCAGGUCGGGCUCAAUAUUACUCGGGAAUUGAAAAAGUUUUCUAAAAGCAAACUAUACGCUUUCUUUAAGUAUAAAAUGUAAAGAAGACAUGGCCUUCUACGAAAUGAGUAAUAGAAUAAAUAUUAUUUUACAAGUUUCACAUGAAAUAUUUUUGAGUUUAUAAGGACACCUAAAAUCAAUAAGAAAAAUUAAUGCUAUUUAAGAGGUCAUCUUUACAAAGUGUACUAUUUACAGGCGACCAUAAAGAAGUUUAUUUAAAAGUCGGCAUCUUAGAGUAACUAAAUUAUCAUGGGAUUGUGUUGUAUGGUAAUCAAAAUUACAACCCUACUUAAGCAAUCUUUUCGGUUAGAUCGCAGUUGGUAGUCAGGAAUGGGGAGGCGAACAUCCAGAUCCGUGUAGUACGGGAAUGGUUGGAAAAAGGGUUAUAUGGGUGGAGUAAAUGGAAGGGCUGAUAGAGGAAUGCUGGAGUUUCUGGGUAAAAGUAAAGUUACCAGGGAAAGUGCUGGGAAGUUUUAAGUAGGUGGAACAAUGGCGGAAAUUUAAACCCUGCACUUAACCCUAAAAUCCAACCCUGACCGCAACCGUAAAGCCUAAACCUAAGUCUUUAAACCGACACGUAACUAAAAUCCUUAAAUGCAACGCUAAGCUAAAACCUAGUCAUAACCCUAACCCUAACCUUGACCCUAACCUUAGCCUUAAGCCUAUCCCUAAUACUAACCUUAACCGUAACCAUAACACUGAAACCUGACCCUAAAACGCAAACGCCAAUCCUAAAACUUAACCUACGCCUAACCCCAACCCUCACUAAACUCAAGAGUCUGACCGAGACAGGCGACCUGCCUAACUCAGUAAGAGCACACCUACUGAUAACAAGUUCCCUAGACAUGGUAAGCACACCGUACGUACGUCGUCGGCAUCAACGUAUAAUGUCUGGCUACCAACUGCGAUCUUACCAUCUUUCGAGUCGAAAAUACAUUUUAGAGUUUCGGUUAACAGUUCAUGAGUUAGAACAUCUUCUGUAAAGGAAAUGAGAUUAGAGAGCCAAGUCCUUACAGGUUGGAAGAAAAAUAAUGACUAUUCGGGCCGACGAAGUGGAGAGUUGGGGUAAACAGUGUAAGAAGAAUAAACUUUAUGCUAUUGACGUUUCGAAGAGCUCGGUAGGUUUACCGUUGUCAAGGCGUAAAAGUCACCAAGUCAAACGCACCUUCAGAUGACUAAUAAACGCAGUCGGCCUUGCGCUGACAAGUGGUUUACGUUUUUUGUCGUUUUGGGUUCAUUGGAGAAUGUUUGGCAGCUGUUUGCGAUAUCUCUAGUCACAUCGCGGAAGACGGUUUCCGACCGUAUGAUCUUCCAGUUCCCAACAGCCUACACUGACUGUUGGACUAGGGAUAGUAUGUUUUUCUAAACAAGGCAACCGGUCACUGCGUUUGGUAAACUUAAGUCCGAAAGUCACCCAUUUCCGCCGCAAUUGGCUGUGCCACGGUUACUCACUUUACAAUAAAAACGAGGGGGUCCUCACUCGACAUCGUAGUACACAUUGGUGUCUGAGACUCUGGAAGCAUAUCUCAGACCCAUAUUUCAGACCCUAUGAUUGUUAUGACGCACCUGUCUCAAGUUAACAUCCCUUGUCGUCUAAAUCCGUGCUUAAGGCAUAACCACAUUACAGCAGACGAAAAGUUGGUCCCUCGUAUUAUUUCUUAUGAAUCCAUUGCCAUAUUUGUCCUAACUAGUUCUUUCGGUAAGCAGAGCGAUUAUAUUUCAGGUGUCCGCAGUUACAAUGUAUGCAUACUUUGCAUUUGCCGUCUUCGCUUGGCAAAUGUUGGAUCCGGCACUGGACCUUCCACUUUAUCCGGCCGAUAUUUAUGUGCCAGUCUUUGGUCUUCUUCACCUGAUCUUCUACACCGGUUGGCUAAAGGUAAUUACUCAUUUUACUGGGUUUCUUCGAGGGUCAGUAGAGCUUAUUUACACUGUCACAUGUGAGUAGUUUUCAACCAUCAAUCGUAAAAGCAGGAUGCGAAGUGAACACUCACUUUCCUCUGCAGCCAAAACCUGCGUCCCAUGCCAGCGAAGUCAGUAUAAGCUCGUCAGCUGUGCAUCCAUGGUGACUGACAGGGUUACUCGCGUAUUUUUCAACUCAAUAGGCACAGGAUGAUGACGGGUAUAGUCCUAUUUCUUCGCUGGUGUGCGGUACCACGUAGUUCUGGUUCUUCAGUACACCUAACAGCCAGUUGUAUACUUCCAAAGAUUCAAACUUCAUAAAUCAUCUGCUACACACAUUUUGGGAGGUCUCUCCAGGAGAAUGACUGUGACAGUCAUUUGAAAAUAUAUUUUUUAACACAUCCGUCUACCGAUUUCCCGCAUGGGCUCAGGACUAGCAGCAAAGCAAGAAAAGUGUUUUUUGGGGGUAGGUUCUUGAUACUAGUUAAUGUCAGUAUUGCGUGCUAGAGGGUUCCCUUGCCUCUUCCAGUAAAGAGAAUUAAUUAUGUAUCCAACCGGGAGACAUUAAUCGGCAGGGCCUUACUUAUUUACAUUAGGCAGUAGCCAAAAUAAUUAUUGGUCACAUGAAAGCACAAUAAGCCCCAAGCAGCAUUGUACCUCUGACAAUAUUCCUCACCUCCUCUCUACUAUUAUAUUCUGGCUGCACAUGACCCCCGCCAUCCACUCGGAUUUUAAUUGGUUCAGGAGGACAAUCAAUCUAUGUGCUCCUUCCCAUCCGUGGGUGUGUUGUUGCCCUUGCCUUUCCGUCAGCGUAUUCGAUACCCGAACAUCAGAUAAUGACGUCUCGCCUACACGCCCUCCAUGUUAUUGCUCAUGCGUUGCAUUCAUACUGUGCCCAACACUUAGAUUAAGUCCGGGUGUGGGUGUGAAGCAGACGUUGUUUCGGGUGGUCUUUGCCACCUUCAAACUCGAUGUCCUUGGCGGCAAUCGGCGGCAACAGCACUAAGCAUUAUUAUUUCCUCAGAAUUCAGUGCGUCAACUUGGAGUAAAUGUUUUAUGUAAAACGUCUCACUCUCGGUCCAAAAGUUGAGAGUAAUAAUUAGGCUGACCUCCAUCAGCUUCACCGACAUAAUCGCAUAAUAUUCACAACCUGUCAUCAGACAGUUUGCAGUAUACCGAUGGUAAUUGACUAAAUAUACCGCCAGUAUGGAUAUUAGUUGACAGUUCGGCCGUCGCACACGACGAUUGUGCUCCACAGCAACGUGAAGCAGGCACGAUAUGCGGGCAAAUUAAUUUAUAGCAAGUGCAAACUAGCUCAGCAUCAACUGCACUAUUUCUUUCUCCCCGCCUGAGCCCGGUGUCCAGAUAAAGUUGAGACCGGAGGCGGGAAGGGCGCAGAUGGGCGGCGCGGCCGAACCCGCACCUUGGCGCUCCACUCCACACCCCCUGGUUCACAACAAACGCUUGACCGAGAAUUUAACCAGCAACAACAACGCCAUGACAGGUCAGAGGGAAGAGGAUGAUGACUGGGCAGCCAUGCUUACGACCUGUAUACCCAGUGGGGACGCAAGCGCAUCUACUGGCAGGAAACCAGGUGCCAGAGAAUUGUCAGCGCACACCAGGCCGGGAGGGCCAUGGUUUGCUGAUACUGGCAUUGUACACGCUUUCAGACCUUUAGACCGUCAGCUAGAAGCACACAUACGCAUUUUGCGGACUUCAUAUCGUUGCAUGACACGGCUACGAGAUAUUAAUUUCACACAUUGGGUCUCCUUAAACUCCCGUGCGUUUUAUAGAAUAUUUUCAAGUUUUCACUGUUCAGCUUUUCACUUUUUUGAAAAUCAACGCACAAAAUCUAAGUAAAUCCUUCGGGAGACCCUUGCCAAACUCAGUCAGAAGGUCAGAAGGUCAAAGGAUUGCCUGUUUUUUAUCACCGGGGUUACCAAAGUAAAUAUGCGCAGGUCUACAGUCCAAUAAUAUGCGUUAUUAACUGACGAAAAUUAAUGCACGACCAAUCACGUUUGGCUCGGAUUUUGUGCACACUUGUCUGGCAUUCCCUUGCUUUUCUUUUUCACAAGAUAAAUCCUCUUUGUACAGAUGAAUAUGUUAACAUGGCGGGAUACUAUCUAGCACCCGGUAACGUUUUCAAGUCAAUGUUACUAACUACAACAGAUUCCGGCAUAUUUACACUCUGAAGUGAAUUUUCCGUUGUAGGUUGCGCUUUCAUUGUUAAAUCCGUUCGGUGAGGAUGCGGACGAUUUUGAAUUGGGUACUAUGCUUGAAAGAAAUUUUCAGGUGCGUUAGAUUCCUCCUUAAGUUCCCUAAUUUGAAUCUUCUAAUUUCUACAAUGCUAAACGGACAAUACUGUUGAUUUUUAAGUAUUUUCUAAUGAUAAGCUUUUUACCCGAAUCUCUUGUAAAUUAGAAAACGAAGACGAUAUGGUGGUUAGGUCGCACAACCAGGCAGGAAAGGGCAGUUAACAGGAGAUUUUUAUUUUGAUCGUAAAUGUUCUGACAGAUAAACCGCCUAAUUAUUUUGCCUUAGUGACUGGUGAGUCAGGUGCUGGACCGCAAACUUGUCAGGUCACAUCGACGGAGAACAAAGUUUACAGUUUGGAGAUGAGAAUGCAAAGUACUUGCAUUCAGAUCACGUAGAAAAUCAAUGAAAACGCAACUUCUCUUCGUAGCGAUUGCAUUUGGCUAAUGUAAGCGGUCUGCAGGCUCACAGCUUGAGUAAUCCCCUCUGACUUAAUCUUUUGAUAGAAUAAAUCCGCGGUCAGCAUCGCAGAGCUUGUGAAACCGCCAAAAUAAGGGUUUAAGGAAAACGUUCAUGAAAACCUAUUCCUCUUAUUGAUAAGUAUUAAUGAGUAUGGAAAAGGGUUAUUCGGGCACCGGAACUAUUAGUCUAUUUUUCUGAGUUUUUGAACUCCUGCAGGAAUCAGAGAUGACAAUAGCGACAGAUAUAGGGGUCAUUGGACAAUUAACCACCUUUUCAUCAAAGCUGGAGGCGGUUGAUCAUGGGGUCUGUAUGCAGCUUCAAUCAACUCUUGGCGUGUGCAAUUAGCUUGAUGAAUUCAGGGUUUUGAAACUGAGAAUUCCAACAGCUUCAGUUUUUUUGGCGUUCUCUGUACAGAGGGCCGCAGUUAGGCAUGCUUCGACCAGAAGGAAGGCAAACUGAUGGACCUCCAGGGUUUUUGGACGAAGAAAUGGAGUGGCUGAAAUUCUGAAAUCUUCAUCAAUAGUCCUUCAAAAAGAGAACAAAACCUGCUGACAGGCUGUUUUGAUUUUUAUAGUUCAGCUCUUUCUGGGACAAAGCCUAUAACGGCGAGAUUCCCCCUGUGCUGUGCGAUGUCUUCCCGGACGGUGACAACGUCGACCUGUCAGAAGACGUCGGACAGCCGAGAAUCCCAAAGAAAUCCAGGGAGAGGAAAGUUGCGAUUUGCGAACCACCUUCCCAAAGCUGGAUGGCACAUUUGGGCUGCCUAAUCCCUCCAAAUAAGAUUUUAUCGUAAGUUAAUUUGCCUAACUUUCAGGAAAGUACUCUUCGAAAAAAUAGUCAAACAGAUGAUACAAUGCUGAAAAGUAAUAUUACGGCGCACAUUUUUGACUGGCUUUUCAUGGUUCCAGAAUUAGUUCCUAUUAAGUGGUUCACAAUGGUCGAGGCCGAUGAGUCAGGCUGGUGACUCUUUAGAGAUUAUCAUGUAGUCUAUCGAUCCCGAAUUUUAUGAUUACUUAUAAAGGCAAUUUAGUGUGGUAAACAGGCAUGCCUCUUGAAUAUAGAAAUGCAUGUUGCUUUCAUUACAUUCUUAAAAUAUGUUGAAUUAUUCCUGGCAAGCGAACGUGAGUUAAAUUUAUUAGAUUAAAGUUCAAUACCCAAAAACAGCAACACAUUUUUUGGCAGGUUUUGGAUAUUUCGGGUUUGUAAUUUUGUCUUUAUUUCAUAGCUAAGACAACAGGUGAAUCUGCCAAAAAUUUAUCCUUCCUAAAUAACAAUUGAGGACAGAAUUCAGUUUCUCCAUACCUUUUUGAAAGCAAAUGUUACAACUUCAUUCAAGAUAAGACAAAACGGGAGAGUCCCAGGUGAUCUGGGGGGGGAGGGGAAUAGACUUUUUAAAUUCCAAUUUUUGGGCUGAAUCCGUAGGCAAAGUUAAAAACGACAUCUCGGGCGCUUUCUGUUAUAUAGUUUUAUGGACUGAAAACUAACUAAAUAUGACUUCUACGUAUGAUUAUAUUAUUAAGUCCUAACUUAAAACAUCUCAUUUGGGAGUCAAAAUGCCUCCACUACAAACAUUGCUUCUAAAGUGUGUCCGUCUGCUUGAUGCAAUCAAAGUCUGUGUUUGUUAUCUCGAAAAAACAUAUCCUGUUUUUGCGGCCUACUUCACCACGCACCGAGCUAUCACCACCGACAAAUUUUUAAAGGCAUUCGAGGCGCGAUAGCACAUUACCAUUACUUAUAUAUUUUAGGCUAGCAUACAGGAUUUCUUUUUUGUCGUUCCACGACUGUAAGCUGACCACACUAACGACUCCGUUGUCUGGUGUAUGCACUGAUCCGAAAUAUUAAGUAUUCGUUUUAACCCUGCACUGAACUGCCAUCAAAGCACAUGGAGUCCACUGCAUGCAGUCCCCGUGUAACUUAUUCCGUUGAAGCCACUUCUCGUCAAAUUGAAACCGCUCGCUUGUUUACUUACCAAAGCGUAAAUAUUAAACUGAUCGCAUCCAUUUGCUCAAAGCUGCAUUAUUUAUCUUGCCCUUUAUUGUCAGGUCCUAGGACUCGUGUGAAUGCAAUUAUCCCAAAAGAGUGCGCGAAUUUCACAACAACUGCCGAACCUCGCAUAGGAGCGCCUCCCUUAUGGAUACUUGGUCAAACAGAAAAGCGCAAACGUUUUUCUAACCCCCAUAUGGUUGCACUUUUUACCGGUUAUUGGAAGAUCUCUUUUUUUCUACUUAAGUGGUUACUAUGCAUACUUUUCGAACCGCCUUUGUGACAAUACAACAUUCCUUGUAAUUACACUUUUCCCGAAGUAUGACCAUAUUUGAAGGCGUAGAUUGUUGCUCUAAUGCAAGUAAAAGCGUCCGCGGCUCAUUUUGGAACGUUAUAACCUAUUUGUUUGUAGUCCUAUCAACAGACCUUGAAAAUCUUGUUCGCUUGAGCGUCGUAUGUGUGUGAUCGGGUCAAUUUGGGACCAGUUUAAAUCAAAUAUCUACUUGAAAGUGACUCAAAAUUCUUCUCUCUGUGCUUCGCAAUCACAGCAGUAGACACCAUCUCUGCGUAGGCUCUCUGUUAGCUGGCAGCGUGAAGUCUACGUUGAUUUGUAAAAACAAGCAAAAUAACCUGUAAGUAGGGAGGGGAGGGCGAUCGCCCACAAAACUCUUCGGACCACAAAACACAGUGACGGUAAGGGUAGGGUAACCGCCCAGGGUGGUUGGUGGGCUUCAUAACGGUUUACCGGACAGUAGGUGGCGGAAGAAGUAAUGCAGGAAGCCUCUUAUAGCGUUCUCGACAUUGACGUUGCCCAUUUGCGUCUCAAGGCUAGGGUUUCGACAUCGGUUAAAAUAUGUUUUCGUUGGUUAUUCUUGGGACUAGGUUUGCCAGGCUUGGGCUAUGGUUUGUAUUUGGGGUUGAGGCCAAGGUAAGGGCUUUAGGACUUGGCCUAGGGUUACGGUCACGACCAACUUUUCCUUAAAUGCUUACGGGUUAGAGACUACUCAUUGAAGACCUGGCCUUGAUUGGAGUUAGGUUCGUGAAUAAAUUCGGUCCCCUCUCCCCCAAGGGGGUCGCAUAAGAUAUCCUUGCCGAAGUGACAAUUCAAAUGCAACAAUUCAUCAGUCCUCGGUUGUCAUUCCCUCGUCAGGCCGGCGGAGCCUAAGUCUCUGAUCCGUUCACGCAUUGAUAUUAUUUCAGCCAAAUAUUCUCUACCCGCGGAACUCCUUAACAAAACAGGGGUUAGCCUUCACAGGUUGGACUGAAGACUAUCCGGGAACCAUAGACUGUUUGGGUCAAACAGCAAUGGGCAUAUAUCCCGCCGGGUCUUCGUUUGUGAUCAGACAGAGGAGUGAUUGACAGGCAUACCACAGUACCUCUCUCUCUCUCUCUGGUAUCGACAUUUUGGAAAUUCGGUAUUUUUUCACGAUUUGGAGUUCCCCUCCUUUUUAUUAAAUAGCUGCUUAAUCCUGCCAAAUGACUGUUACAUCUAUAAAAAAAAUACAGCACAGACUGGUCUACUUCCUUAGCCUUUCCACCCAACAGUCUUUGAUGGACAGUCUGAGAACUAUAUAGGCAGAAUGAUAUAACCGACAAAGACAAGGAAGACUGGAAUGGCCAUUUCCGGCUUAUUAGCCGUCGUCAGUCAGUCAUACCCAAUCCCGAAGUGUGGCACACCUUAGGCUCGAACUCGCGACCUGUUUGUUAGAAGUCCACGUCUCUAACCACUGAGCCACGAGCUCGUGCGGCUGCUGGUUGGGCUCAAGAGAGAGAGAGAGAGUCAAUAAGGCACAACGGAAGGAGUGAGUUCCGUAAGGACGAUCGCUGAGCGCCCCCUACCAUAGAUUGCGAACUAACGCUGCACGACUUCACCGCCACAGGAGAGUAAUCAAGAUAAAUCUCUGAGGCCUUCGGCAACCCAAUAAGAUUUUCUUGCUAUUUGAGUGGGAAACUAUUGGCGGGCAAGAAAAAUACGCAGUGAAGUUGCCGCCUUUUACGUAUUCCCUGUAUGUCGUCUUCUGGUCACCUUUAAACAUUGGCGAAACGGAUAAGGGUUUCUUACGUUGAAUGCCCAUUCGCAGGCGUUGUCGAGGCCCAGAGUAAGUGGAACGCUUAAAAUUGACUGACCAACAAAUAAUUCCUUGAAAAGAAGUUGAGGUGAGGUCGAAAUAGUUUAACGUAAGGCAGUUUCAGAUAGUAAAGAAUGCAAGGCGUGGAUGAGAUUUUAAGGAGUUAAAAAAAUUAAUCAAAGAAUUAGAUUGAAUGGGUGUGGACGGACUGCUUUGUUCGAAUAUUUUGUACAGGUAUUCUGAGGUCAUAUUCAGCGUAAGAUGUCUUAGGAAGUUAAACAUAGCCCCAAGACCUGGUGGGAUGAUGAACGUUGCUCCUCCACUGACCGAAGGAUCCACCAGAUUUGGAGUGAAACAGGAGAGUCAGUCAUCAUAGCACUGAGGAGUAAAACGAGUAGGGGGGUGGGUGUUGAAUGCAGCCAAGAACAAGCUUAGUAGAUUUAUCAACUACAAAACAACACGAAAAAUCGAUACAUUUGAGCAGGACUUUCUAGUUGAAGGCGAGACACAUAAAACAAAAUCUUAAAUUACCGGCCCCCGCGCACCUCAUUUCUCUCCCACAGCUUCACACCUAACCCCGAAACGUCUGCGUAGUCCAUUAUAUGCGCUUGUAUAGAAGCCGUGAUGAGUUUCUGAUCGCCCGCCUACUCGGGCUUAUAUAAUUCCUAACACGGUUAAACGUACUGACUGUCAGCAUGUGAGCUCGCCGAGAAGGGCGCAUUUAUAGUACAUUUAGUUCUGGACGCUGCGGCGAGGUCCAUUUAACGCGCAUAUGUACUAUAAACUGCACGGUAGGCGUGAUUUAUGUUUGCCAGCAGGAAGUCACAGUAGUCGGACUGCUUACUUCGGAUGCCUGCACAGAAGGACCAACCUGGUCCCUUAUCGUGCGGUGCUAAUUUCAGACGAAACUAAUUGCAUUGCAGCCUCCAGUUUUGUGAGCAUCUUCUAUGCCAUGAUCUGCAAACCAUGGCCCUUGCAGCCUGGUGUGAGCUGACAGUUCCCUGGCACUUACUUCUCUGCCAGUAGGUGCGUUUACGCUCCGGCUGGGUAUACAGGUCGUGUGCAUGGCUGUCCAGUCGUCAUCCUCUUCUUUUUGAUCCGUCGUGGCGUUGUUGAUGGUUAAAAUCUCGAUCAAGUGUUUGUUGUGGACCAGAGGGGUGUGGAGUGGAGCGCCAAUAUGCGGGUUCGGCCAGGCCCCUCCAGCCUCCGGUCUUCUUGACUCUGUCUUGACACCGGUCUCAGGUGGGAAGGUGGGGAGAGUGCGGUAGAUGCUUCGCAAGGCUACCCUCACUAUAAAAUAAUUGACGCGCAAGUCAUCGUGCAUGCCUCGCCCUUCUGUGGAGCACUCAACGGACAUCGUCGGAUGCGACGGUCGAAUUUCACUGCAGUGGAGCUCGUUACUUGUCAUCGGACAAAGUUACGACUUUUUGUUGUAGCAGUCUCGUCAAACGAUCAUGGAAAGCAAGCAUUACUGCGGAGUCGACUGUCCGUUACCUUCUAUACUUAUAUGCCAUGCCAAUAUUGUACUGAGUGUUUGCCACAGAUAAAUAUGCAGCCUUCAUGAACAAGCAUUCAACAGAUAAGUUGCUGGAAAACGACGGUGGGUGAGUUCACGUAUUCUGUUGGAAGCCAGUGUUCAGCUUCAGUACAUCUAUUACGCAGAUUAUAAAAUCUGUAACUUUGAGAAACAUUAUCUAGGGAGCGAAGUCCUCACCCUUUUUUCUCCUAUAAUAUCCGAGGACGCAAAUAAGUCAAAUUUUAAUGCAGUAAUUGUGAGAAUCGCAACAUCAACGGUAAGUGUGGGCCAGACCAGGCUGCCGCCAAAGAUAUAAUCACGUCUGUAAACACAGUAGUUUCUGGAUUUGUUAGUAACUGUUCUUCAUUUAACCUUCUUAGCAGAGUCCUAACGUACUACCUCAGAUGGCAGUCAGUUCCUUUCUCCAACGAUCCUCCGUGAGAACGCUUUCUGUCGGAUGUCAGCGUAAGUCAACUUCCUCCACAACGUAAUAGACUGACGGCGCCGGUUGGGUCGAAGAAGUCCUUAACCUGCAUAAGAAAUGACCUCUAACAAUCUAAUAGGUUCGAAUAAUUUCGGUCAGUCCGACUUCUAAGGACAGUGCGUCAGAAUCUUUACUAUCUUUGUAGCCCUGCCGAUCUCGGCAGCGAUAUUGACAGUCUCUACUGA